UUAAAACUUGUACCCUGCGUUACUUUCACGCCGUAUAUACACACACACAACAAAUUCCUGAGGGCGUCAAGUAAAACGCAGCGCGUCCACCUAUUUCCGCCAUCCGAUUCCUUCUCUCUAAAAUUCAAAUUUGGUAUCUCUCGCCAAACCCUAGCUUUCUCUCUCUACAUUGCUCUGCAUUUUCUGCGCACAAAUUAUCUCUUUUGCAAUUUAGUCGGACAAGGCAAGCGAUGAGGAAGGGCGCUAAGAGGAAAACGACACACAAGGCCGAGCCUCCGAAGAAUCCGGCGGCAGAGGUUGCGGCGGCGGGGGAGGAGGAGCUGAAAAAUGACCCGAGCCAAUCUUCCGGCCAGCCGGUCGAAGAGAACCAGUUACCGGAGAGUUUGGAGAAUGGAAAGCCGGAGCCGAGCGGUAAAGCGGCUGCCAAGGGUAGACGUAAGCGAGCCAAGGUCUCCAAGCCUGAGACGGAGACAGAGUAUUUUCCGGAGAAGCGAAAUCUGGAGGAUCUCUGGCAGCAGGUUUUUCCAGUUGGUACAGAGUGGGAUCAGUUGGACAUGGUGUAUCAAUACAAGUGGAACUUUUCUAAUUUGGAAGAUGCAUUGGAAGAAGGAGGUGAAUUGCACAAUAAGACGGUCUACCUCUUUGGUUGUACUGAGCCUCAAUUGGUCUCUUUCCAGGGUCAAGCCAAAGUUACAAUGAUCCCUGUGGUGGUAGCUAUCGUAUCGCCCUUUCCUCCCUCAGACAAGAUUGGAAUAAAGUCAGUUCAAAGAGAAACUGAAGAAAUUUUGCCAAUGAAGCAGAUGAAAAUGGCCUGGGUUCCUUAUAUCCCACUUGAAAAGAGGGAGGCACAGGUUGAAAGACUUAAAAAUUCAAAAAUCUUCAUCUUGAGCUGCACCCAGAGAAGGGCUGGUCUACAGCAUUUGAAGAUAGAGCGCGUCAAGAAGUUCGAGUAUUGCUUACCCUACUUCUACAAUCCCUUCCUGGAAGAUGAAGUUGAGCAGAGCACAGUGGUGCAGAUCUUGUACCCAAUCGACCCCAAGCCGGUUUUCUGUGAAUUUGAUUGGGAAUUAGAUGAGCUUGAGGAGUUCACUGAUAAGCUUGUUGAGGAAGAAGAGCUGACGGAAGACCAGAAAGAAGCUUUCAAGGAUUUUGUGAAGGAGAAGGUUCGAGAAGCUAAAAAAGCCAAUCGAGAGGCUAGGGAAGCUCGCAAAAAAGCACUGGCAGAAAUGAGUGAAGAAACCAGGGCUGCGUUUGAGAAUAUGAAAUUCUACAAAUUCUAUCCUGUAUCCACACCUGACACACCCGAUGUAUCAAGCGUGAAGUCACCCUUCAUCAACAGAUACUAUGGUAAGGCUCAGAUGGUUUUGUGAAGCCAGGUGAAAGAAAGCAAGUACAAGCCAUUACUUGUCAUCCAUGUCUGGUUGGUGCUGUGAAUGUUUUCUCCAGAAUAUUUGUAAACUUUUUGCAAAUGCUUGAGAGAAACGUAUGGCUUUUCAUAUAUUAGAAAAUAGAAAGUGUACCAAAAGAGUCGAGAGUUGGGGAAAUCGGGAGGAAAAUAGUUGGAAAUCAAUCGAAUUUUGAUUCAGUUUUAUUUAUUAUUUUGUUUUGAUCAGUUCUAUUUGUGUAUCGGUAGAUAAUUAAAUCAGUAGACGGAUGAAGGAAAUCAAAUGCUGUGAGUGAACUUAUUUUGAAUAUUUAAUGAAGCGUUUACGCGCAAUAAUGCUCGGUAGAUUUUUGGUUUUGGAUGAUAUGCUAAUGUUUGAGCAAAAACUUGAGUUUUAACAA